AUUUUGAUGAAUAAUACAUUACCUUGAAUAGGAGGUUGAUGAACGAGAUGCACAAGAGAAAGCGAUAGACGAAUGGCUUCCAAUAACUUCUGCUAGGGGUGCAAAAUGGUGGUAUUCAGCUUUCCACAAUGUUACGGCAAUGGUUGGAGCUGGAAUUCUCAUUCUCCCUCAUGCCAUGUCACAACUAGGAUGGGGCCCUGGAGUGGGUGUACUCGUAAUGUCUUGGAUUAUCACUUUAUACACUCUAUGGCAAAUGGUUGAAAUGCAUGAAAUGGUUCCUGGGAAACGUUUCGACAGAUACCAUGAACUUGGACAACACGCAUUUGGUGAAAAACUUGGUCUUUACAUUGUAAUACCUUUACAGCUAAUUGUUGAAGUUGGUGUAGGCAUAGUUUACAUGGUUACAGGAGGGAGUUCUUUGCAGAGGUUUCAUCAAUUAGUGUGCGAACAUUGCAAGGAGAUUAAGCUAACCUAUUUUAUCAUGAUCUUCGCCUCUGUUCAAUUUGUGUUGUCUCAUCUUCCGAACUUCGAUUCCAUCUCUGGAGUGUCUUUGGCUGCAGCUAUCAUGUCCUUGAGUUACUCAACUAUUGCUUGGGGGGCAUCACUGAAAAGGGGCGUAAAAUCAGACGUGCAAUACGGCUAUAAAUCUAAAACCACAGCAGGAACUGUUUUCAACUUCUUCAAUUCCUUGGGUAGCAUUGCUUUUGCUUAUGCUGGUCAUAAUGUGGUCUUGGAGAUUCAAGCUACAAUGCCUUCUACACCAAAGAAGCCAUCUAAGGGACCUAUGUGGAAAGGGGUGAUUGCAGCUUAUGUAGCCGUUGCAAUCUGCUACUUCCCCGUGGCUCUUAUCGGGUAUUGGAUUUUUGGGAAUGAGGUCGAUGAGAACAUUUUUAAGUCUUUAGAAAAGCCCGUGUGGUUAAUUGCCAUGGCUAACUUGUCUGUUGUCGUUCAUCUCAUUGGGAGUUACCAGAUUUAUACAAUGCCAGUUUUCGAUAUGAUAGAAUAUUUACUCGUGAAAAUACUGAAAUUCAAGCCUAGUUGGAUGUUGCGAUCUGUUUCGAGGAAUAUUUACGUUGCAUUUACCAUGUUUAUUGGAAUUACCUUACCUUUCUUCGGUGGGCUUCUCGGGUUUUUUGGUGGAUUUGCUUUUGCCUCAACUACUUACGAUUAUCAACAUCAAGAAGAUUCUGAAGUUGAAUCUAAUUCAAAUUUAUCCUCUUUCUCUAAUCAAAGUAAAGAACUUUGUCGUUUUAAAUCUAUAAAUAGUCUUACCAAAGAAGGAGAACUUAUUAAAGAGAUUGUUGAUCAAACUAAUGAUCCACAACUCAAAAAUAAGUUCAGUACUCUUUUGCCUUCAAAAUCUACUACUUCUAAACGUUUUAAUAUAGGUUUAUCCUCAUCUGAUUCCUCUGAUGACGAUUAUACUCUUCAUCAAAAUUCUCAAUUUGAAGAAGAAGAGGAGCUAAUCAAAAUUGUAUCAGGGAAGGACUGA